CCAGUCGGUGGCGGUAAUGUAGAACUUGAUUGUCUGCUAAAGGCCGAUAAACCUGAGAGAAGAAGAAGAAGUAACGGCGUGUGUGUGGUGUGGUCUAUGGCGGAGCCCAGACGGAACGGUGCGGAACAUCUCUACAUUCUGAAGUAUGGCUAGCUUGGAGCAGGUGGCAGCAAUAGGACAGAUUCUGGUGGACCCUGGACAGGACCUGACCCAGCGGUUCAGAGCUUUAUUCACCCUGAGAAACCUGGGAGGUCCUGAAGCUAUCGAAUGGAUCAGCAAGGCCUUCAGUGAUGAAUCAGCCCUGCUGAAGCAUGAAUUGGCCUACUGCCUGGGACAGAUGCAGGACCGACGGGCGAUUCCAACUUUGACAGCUGUUCUGAGAGACACACAGCAGGAACCGAUGGUCAGGCAUGAAGCAGGGGAGGCCCUGGGAGCAAUUGGUGAUUUUGUGGUUCUGGACCUUCUGAAAGAGUACAGUCAAGAUCCUGUGAUAGAGGUUGCAGAGACAUGUCAGUUGGCUGUUCGUCGGCUUGAAUGGCUGCAGAGUGGAGGAGAGAAACAGCUGGAGGAUGCAGAUAAGAACCCGUACUGCUCUGUAGACCCAGCCCCUCCAGCAGAACGGAAGGACGUGUCAGAGCUGCGCUCUGUUCUGUUGGAUCAAAGUCUGCCUCUCUUUGAACGCUACCGUGCCAUGUUUGCUCUGCGUAACCUGGGCACUGAGGAGGCUGUGCUGGCACUGGGAGAUGGCCUGAAGUGCUCGAGUGCUCUGUUCCGUCAUGAGAUCGGCUAUGUCCUGGGUCAGAUGCAGCACCCUGCAGCGGUCCCUGCCCUGCGUUCAGUUUUGGAGCUUUCCGGCGAGAACCCCAUGGUCCGGCAUGAGGCAGCUGAGGCUCUUGGCUCCAUUGGCAAAGAAGAGUGUCUUGAUGUGCUAAAGCGUUACCGUGGAGACCAAGAACGUGUUGUCAAGGAGAGCUGUGAGGUUGCUCUUGACAUGCUAGAGUAUGAAAACAGUGACCAGUUCCAGUAUGCAGAUGGACUUGUCAGGUUACAGGGUUAAAUGUCAAAACUGAAGGGUCUUUGUCUCUGUAACACAUUUGUUUGUGUAAUUCCUUGUGCAGUUGAGAAAGCUACGCAAAACUAGCUCUGUUUCAAUAAAGCUUUUGGAUCCAAUGGGAUGAUACCUUGCAUUAUGGGAAAUAUUCAUACUGACAUACCGCAUAAAAUCAAAAGCUAAUUUGUUAAAGCCCAAACUAUACAUUGUAGGGGGACAAGAGGAAGCAGAGCCCUUGGUGGUGUUGCCCUUUCAAAAAUACAACUGCAUUCAAGUACAGUAAACGGUGUGUAUCUGUGUGACUUUGAACAGCACAUGGUUGACUUACAACUGUGAGGUUUUAUUUUUACUUUUUUUUUUUUCCAUUUCACAUAAUUCUUCUCUGUAUGAGUUUUGUGGAAGUUAUAGAAUCUCAAUUUUGCUCACACUCCGUUUCACCUUGGGCACAACCAGUGCUAUGAUUUUGAGCUUGAAGGCUUUUCAUUUGAUCGCAUUCUGUCUUUUAACUUUUUGUUUUUGUGCUGUAUGAUCACACAGUCCUGUAGAAUGGAGAAGAAGCCAUGCGAGAUGGACUGAUUCUGAUCCACAAUACCCUUGUGUAUGCCACCUCAAUCUCAGUGACUAAUUAUAUAAGCCAAAAAUCUAUCCCCUUUUUUCUGGGUUUAGAGUAUGUUUUGAAAUCUAAACUAUGAUGCUCUAUAGUGAGUAACACAAAGACUGAGGGAGAGUGUCAGUCUCUUGUGCUUUUCUGGUUGCUUUGUUCCUAAAUUGCUGUGAAAUGGGAUGUAAUUUUAAUGAUAACAAGGUGUAUGCUGUAUGUUACAUUAAAAUUAUGUUGCAUUUA